UCCAGGCGGAUGAAGCCGAAGCCCCGGUCUUUGUUGACAAAGAUCUCGGAUGCCUUGCCGUACUUUCCGAACAGCUUUUCAAUGUCCUCCUCCGUGACUCCGGUGGGAAGGUUCCCCACAAAAAGCCUGCUGCGCUGGGUGAAGGUUUUCUCCCCGGGCUUCCUGAAAUUUUGCAGGUCCAGAGUCAGGGCCUCGUUAAGGCGGGUGGCGUCGCUGCCGGGGUCCUGGCCGUUAGUGUUCCCCCCUUGUUUCCUCUGGUCGCCCUGCCCGGACUGGCGGUUGGCGCCAUGGUUCUGCUGAGGACCCCUGUUUCCUUGCAUUUUUUUGGGUAAUAGAAUUAAAACACCGAAUCGAGAAAUCGUCUGAAUCUCUUCGCAGAGGCUUGAAAAAUGGCGACUCUACUACGCGAUGAGGGGGGGAAGGACGCUAUUGUGACGUCAAACCAACGCGACGAAUAUUUUUUGAAUGAAUGACGCAAUUAUAUGCGACCGAGGGGGGAAAACGACCGAUUUAUCUGUGCUCUUUAAAGAAAAAUACCUUAAACAUAUUGUUAAAUGUGUAGCAUAAACCGUCUUUCUAUAUAUAUUUUUUCUCGCACCUUUUGUGGCUCUCUCACAAGCCCGGAAACACGUUAUACCAGAGAUGUUCUAAAGAGGAGAUUAGCUGAUACUCGUUUUGCCUAAAAAGUCUUUGAUAACAUUGAUACUGAGAUAUGUAUUCUCAUUAAAGGCAAGACUAAUAACUACAUAACACAAAUAUAUAGAAAUAAUUUAAACCCACGUUUAUAAGCAAUUUCUAGCGGGUUCUUUGUUCAAAGAAGCCAACGUAAAUGUUCAGUCUUAUGGGUAAAAGUGAUGGUUCACUCUACAGAACAUCUCUGAUAGAGCGAGGAUUUCGCGGGUCGUUCUCAAUUUGCGCAGUCAGAAAACAAACAAAUUUGAACAUUUAUAACUUGGUGUUUGGGGCUAACUUUUUGAAGAGGGCCAAGCUAACGACUAUCAUGUUCUCCGAGCUGAGUGCCCCAAGAGACGGCUCCUCUCUCCUGCGCCGCCCGACAGAGGACCAGGACCAGGCCCCAGUGUUCGAGAGGGCUUCCCCGGCCUACAGCCCCCACUCGGAGCGCUUUGGAAUUGGGGCACGGAGCUUCAAUCGUCAGUAUGCUCAUAUUUACGCUGCACGACUCAUGCAGAUGAGACCGGUGCUCGCGGAAAAAGCCCAACAAAAAUGGGGAUCGAAUGUACUCGUCCGUCAACUGUGUGAUCUUCAGACUGGAGAACAGUGUUGUAUUGUGGGAACGUUGUUCAAGCGUAUGGACUUACAGCCAUCCAUCCUUAAGGAGAUCAGUGAGGAUCACAACCUGCUGCCCCAGCCUCCCCGAGUUAAAUUCAUCAGUGACAACGACGUGCUGAUCCUGGAGGACGAGCUUCAGAGAAUCAAACUAGAAGGCAAAAUUGACAUAGCUAAGUGUGUGACAGGUAGCGUCAUUGCAAUAUACGGAGCGGAGAAGAAUGAUGGCAAGUUCACAGUAGAGGACUUCUGCACAGCUGAUCUCCCAAUGCAGACUGCAAGACCCGCACUGAGUGCAGAUAGAUUUGUGCUGUUGGUCUCAGGACUCGGUCUCGGAAGCAGUCAUGCUGACAGCAUGCUUGGGCUACAGCUGCUGGUGGACAUGGUCACGGGUCAGCUCGGGGAACAGGGGGAGCAGAGUGGGGCAGCGACAAUAUCAAGAGUGUUGAUGGUGGGAAACCUCCUAAGUGAGAGCACACAAGACAAAGAUGCCUCGACCAAGGCCAAAUACCUGACCAAGAAGACUCAAGCUGGCAGUGUAGAGGCCAUUCGCUUGUUGGAUGAGCUACUGCUACAGCUUGUGUCAUCAGUCCCAGUGGAUGUGAUGCCCGGCCAGUACGACCCCACCAACUACACGCUGCCUCAACAGCCUUUGCACCGCUGCAUGUUCCCUCUGUCUUCAGUCUACCCCACUCUAAAGUUGUCCUCCAACCCAUACCAGGCCACUGUGGAUGGAGUGAGAUUUCUUGGAACCUCAGGUCAGAAUGUCAGCAACAUUAUGCAGUACAGCAGCAUGAACAGUCACCUGGAGAUUCUAGAGGAAACACUACGAUUGCGCCACCUCGCUCCAACAGCCCCAGAUACCCUCGGUUGUUACCCAUUUUACAUGAAAGAUCCGUUCAUCUUGGAAGAGUGUCCCCAUGUUUACUUCAGCGGGAACGCCCCUUCCUUCGAGUCAAAGCUUCUUUCAGGUCCUGAUGGCCAGGAAGUCCUCUUGGUCACCAUCCCAAAGUUCAGCAGCACCCAAACAGCAUGCUUUGUCAACUUACGCACUCUUGAAUGUGAGCCAGUCAGCUUCUCCGCCUUUUCUGCAGGCGACGAUGGCGAGAGCGAGAUGAAUGUCAGCCACUGAGGGUCCAUAAUAACUUUUAACAUAAUGCCCACAUAUGUAUAGUAUUAUGAGAGGUUUACUUGGUAACAUAACAUAUUUCAGGUUAUUAAAAUUGGCCUACAUUUGAAACUAAUUUCCUCACACAUGAAGAAACACUGUCAGACUUCAUUUCAUAUAAAGUAUAUUUUUCAUGGGUGAAAACGGAGUAAAGAGUUACAUGUGGUGUAAAAACAAAUCUU